CCUUAUCUCUACGUUGUCUCACAACAACAACAACAUUAAUAAAUCUUUCAUUAAUUUCUUCCUCGCAUGAACAUCAUCAAACUGUUGGCCCAACGCCUAACACCUACCUCUUUCCACCAUAACUAUUAAUCACACGUAAAUUCUCAACUUACCAACAUAUAUUCCAUUCAUCAAUUCCCCCUCCAAUUCACCUUUAAUUUUGCUAUACGUUGAUGGAAGGAGAAGAUCCGCCGCCGCCGUCUCUGCCGCCGGCGUUGUUGCCAAACGACAUUAAUAUCCAAGACCUCUUCUCGUUUCCCUCGACUUCACUAGUGGAGCAUAACCCUUCAAUAAUGUUGAGCCAUUUGCCAAUUCAGAGCUCUGUUGUUGGGUCUGAUAGUAUUGACUGGGUUGGGCUUCUCUCCGGUUGCAUGGACCAAAUGCCGGCGCCGGCGCCGGCUAGGCGGGAAGGUGAAAACUACGUUCAGAAGAAUAAAGGGAAGAGGAAGAAAUAUGUUCCGCCGAGGGUUGCGUUUCAUACACGGAGCACUGAGGAUAUUCUUGAUGAUGGGUAUAAAUGGAGAAAAUAUGGCCAGAAAUCUGUCAAAAAUAGCACUCAUCCCAGGAGCUACUAUCGUUGCACGCACCACACGUGCAAUGUGAAGAAACAGAUACAGCGACUCUCAAAGGACAAAAGCAUUGUGGUGACAACCUACGAAGGCAUCCACAACCAUCCUUGUGAGAAACUCAUGGAGACCUUAACUCCUCUCCUCAAACAACUUCAGUUUCUCUCCAGAUUCUAAUCCCAUCCAUGAUCCAUCCCAACAUAUAUAUUAAAUAUAUAAGCACGUACGUACUGCUUAAAUUAAAUGUACAAAAUAUAAUCCUCGAUGGAUGAUGCUUAAUUAUAUGCUCUGAUUGUGUACACAAAUUAUAUUGUCAGUUAAUUAAAGAGAAGCAUUAGAUGUUGACACAUGUUUACCUUUAUAUAUUUAAAGUCUGAUCCAUAAUCUAAAGAUGACGACACCAGCAUGCAUUGCAUGCAUGCAUGCAAAUGAAAAUUAAACAUUUGUGGACUUUGAUAUAUAAUCGAGUAGACAUGUGCACGCAUCUGCUUUCUUCAUUGUUGUAUUGUGUGUGUUGUGUUUAUAAAUUUGUAUAAUAUAAUGUUGUGUGAUA